UUGGCCGCUUUCGGCGGGGAAUCACCGGGGACAGCCGCCACACCGAGCCCGGCCGCCGCCGCCGCCGCGCCAUGGCGAUCGCAAGGCAAGUGCUUUGUCUGUCUGCUUUGCUGUGGCUGCCGCCCGCUCGCGCCGAGCCCAUCCGCUACUCCGUAGCCGAGGAGGCGGAAAGCGGCUCCCUGGUAGGCGAGCUGGCGGAGGACGCGGGGCUGACGCCGGCGCAGCUCUCGGCUCGCCGCGCCCGCCUGGUGUCGGAGGACGGCCGGCAGCAUUUUGCCUUAGAGCGCGGCUCCGGCCGCCUGCUCGUGGCGGGGAGGCUGGACCGGGAGGAGCUGUGCGGCCAGUCCGCCACCUGCAUGCUCCCCUUCGAGCUGCUGCUCUCCAACCCGCUGCAGUUCUUUCGGAUCGAGGUGGCUCUGGAGGAUAUCAAUGACCAUUCACCUGUUUUCCCCGAGAAACGAGUCGUUUUUAAGAUUCCGGAGACGAGCGAGCCAGGCUCUCGUCUCCCACUAGAGGUGGCUCGAGACCUCGAUAUUGGCAGCAACACAGUCCAGACAUACAGCAUCUCUCCCGUGAACCAAUAUUUUAGUGUCUCCUUUGGAAGUCGGAGUAAUGGAGACAAAUAUCUUGAACUUGUUUUGGAAAAGCCACUAGACAGAGAGGAGCAUGCAGAGAUGGGUUUCCAUGUUAUUGCUGUGGACGGUGGCUCUCCUCCCAGAAGCGGCACCAUCGAGAUCUCUAUUAUCAUUCUGGAUGCAAAUGACAAUGCUCCCAUCUUCACACAAGAGCGUUAUAUUGGGAAGGUUUUGGAGAACAUGCCAGAAGGGUCAGUAGUGCUGACUGUGCUGGCAACAGAUCAAGAUGCAGGAGUAAAUGGGGAAAUUUCCUACCAACUCAGUGAAGCUGCAGACCAGAGUGACUCAGUAUUUGUGAUUGAUCCCAUAACGGGUGAAAUUAAAAUCACAAAACCGCUGGACUAUGAGGCAGCACAAAGUCAUGAACUGAGUGUGAGAGCCACAGAUGGUGGGGGACUCUCAGCCAUCUGCAAAGUGCUGGUGGAGGUGGUGGAUGUGAAUGACAAUGCCCCAGAGGUGGUGGUCAACUCGUUCAGCAGUCCCCUCCCCGAGAACACAGCGCCCGGCACGGUGGUUGCCCUGUUUACGGUCAGGGACCGGGAUUCUGGGGCCAACGGGAAGAUCACGUGUGGCCUCGAGGAUCAGCUCUUCUUCUCGCUGCGGCCAGCCUAUAAGAAUUACUAUGAGCUGGUGACAGUGAGCACGCUGGACCGCGAGGAGACGGCUCGCUACAUCCUCAGGGUGACGGCAGCAGACGCGGGGUCACCUCCUCUGACGAGCACGCAGACCUUCAUCGUGGACAUCUCGGAUGUCAAUGACAACGCCCCCGUCUUCAACCAGACGUCGUACACCAUGUACGUGCGUGAGAACAACGUGCCCACGGUGUUUGUUGGAGCCGUCAGCGCUGCCGACGCUGACGUGGGGCUCAAUGGCAAGGUGAGCUAUUCCCUGGCAGCGGUGCAAGCGGCAGAAGGGCCUUGGUGCUCGUGCGUGUCUGUGAACUCUGAGAACGGGCACGUGUUUGUGCUGCGGCCCCUGGACUACGAGCGCUUGAGGCAGACGGAGGUGACGGUCAGUGCCUCUGACGCGGGCUCUCCUCCCCUCAGAGCCAACGUCAGCGUCCGCCUCGUGGUGCUGGAUGAGAACGACAACGCCCCGCUGGUGCUGUACCCAGGCCAGGAGAGCAGCUCAGCGUCCAGUGAGCUGGUGCCCAUGUCGGCUGAGGCGGGCUACCUGAUCACCAAAGUGGUGGCCGUGGAUGCCGACUCCGGGCAGAACUCGUGGCUCUCGUACCACCUGCUGAGAGCCAGCGAGCCAGGGCUGUUCACGGUGGGUGUCCACAGCGGGGAGGUGCGUCUGAGGAGGCCGGUGACGGAGAGAGACAGCGUGAGGCAGAAGCUCCUUGUCCUGGUCAGAGACAACGGCAAGCCGCCCCUGUCGGCCACGGCAGCUGUGAGCGCGCUCCUGCUCAAGGACUUGUCAGACGUGCGCCUCCCCGGGCACGGCAGCCCGGCCCCAGAGGAUCAGGGGGGCUCCCUGACCACCUAUUUAAUCAUUGCCCUGGUGUGUGUCUCCCUGCUCUUCCUCGUCUCCACCGCACUCUUUGUGGCUCGCAAGGUGUGCAAGAGAAAGGAGCUGAAGGCUGGCCAUGUGCUUUAUGGUGCCGACAACUUGCAGAGCGGCCUGGCCGAUGGGGCCGCUGCAGGGAGCCUGCCCCGCGCCUAUUGCUACGAGAUCAGCCUCACAACGGGCUCGGGCAACAGCGAGUUCAAAUUCCUCAAGCCCAUCCUCCCCAGCGUGCCACCACAGCACUGUGCCGUGGGCCAGGGCCCGGAGGAUGAACAGCAUUUCCCCUGUGUCCCUGUCAGCACCGAGGACACGGCACCAGACAAUCCUGGCACUCUCUCUGCAGGACACUUCAAUUCUCUUUCCUUCAACUAGCUGGGCUCUGCACUGCCAGAGGCUUCGAUGCCUGUUGGAGAUUUGGAUCCAGGCAGAAGCAUUUGGCAGUGGUUCCUCCAGAGAAAACUUGUGAUUCCAAAUGCCAUGACAAAUUUCCUUCAUAUUCUAAGUCAGAAUAGAAGUUGUCAGGUUCUCCAAAAGGGAAAAGUAGAAGCACGUUAGACAAAGUUGAGCUCUCACUCUGGCUGUGAUAUGCUUCAGCUGUGUUCUCGUCUUUUCUGAUAGACUUUAUGAAGGGGGCUAGUACUCCAGCUAUUCUCCUGUAUCUCUUGCUAUCAGACCAGUCCAUGAAACUCUUAUUUUUUUCGUUGCUAUAACACAAUGGCACAGUUGUGUAGAGAAGUCACACACUUGCUGCAAUAGCCCAAUGCUCUUUGCCCAGCUCAGAAAAGCAACUUACUUCUGAAUACUCUGUCAUGAUGUUCUGUUUAGCAUAGGGCUUUUUCUUUCUGGGGAUUUGGAGGUCUCUGUCUAUGUGGGCUUUGUAUUUUAUGCUUUCCUCUCAGUAUGUCUGUCUGUUCACCAUUUGUGCAUCUGCUGAUGCUUCACUAAU